AUGUCUAACGACGAGUUGUUUGUUGAGUCAUCUGGCCAAAAGUACAAACUACAAACCCUCUCGGACUUCCGCGCCUUUAAACAGUUUGCGCUUUCCGAAGAUAACUGGUCAAGCCAUUACUCGGAUGCGGUCACAACGGUGGAGUCACGGCCUCCGGAGGACACCUCGGUGGGACUCAACAUUGUUCGCGUUCGGCGUGAGAUGCGAGGGGUUCCGGGUUUGGACCUGUAUGACAACUUACAUGACGCCAAGUACCGUGAGGUGUGGGAUGAAAAUAUGAUUGAGGGCUAUAAUAUUGUGAAGUUGAAUGCGCAUAACGAUAUUGGGUACUACUCCGCGAAGUUUCCCUGGCCUCUGAAGAACCGUGACUUCUGCAAUAUUCGCUCCUGGAUGGAGUUUAGUAACGGCGAGUUUAUUAUAUUUAAUCACUCUGUGAAACACGCUGAUUGCCCUGAAAAGAAGGGCUUUAUUCGUGCUCGAUCGAUUCUAACUGGAUACUUGAUCCAGCCCUUGGGCGAAGAUGGGUGCGUUUUGACUUAUAUCACUCAAAGCGACCCUAGGGGCUCUAUCCCACAUAGUGUCAUCAACUUCACCGCAACACGACUUGUCCCAAAGGUGAUGACCAAGCUGGAGACCAGUACCAAGAAAUACCCAGCUUAUGUCAGUCAGAAUCACACUGUCUCUCGAGAGGCAUUGCCGUGGCGUACACCAAAGAUGGAUUGGAAUAGUUCAUAUCAUUUUCCUGGUGACGAGAUGGCUUUUAGAAAUGUCUUCGUACCUCAUAUAAAUGGGGACACAAGUGAUGGUGAACCUCAUGUUACCCCUGAUGCGGCGACAAAUGCGCCAGGGGAAACAUCGCCGUCGGCUCCUUUUGUAGCCUCUGCAGUCCAAACGACAGAGUCCUUCUCCUUGGCACCGGUGGCACCUAACUUUAGCGACGAUACUGUAGCCGUUCAACAAUAUAGGGCGCUCAUGCAGGAAGCCAUCAAUACCGUGGACCGAACCUUUUUGCAAGAUGGAAAACCGCCUGAGAUGAGUCAAUACUUGACACGACUGUCGUAUAUAAUCGAUGGUAUUAGGCAAACCACUCCGCAUUGA